GGUCUCCCUUUUCUAAGUCUGUAACACUGUCUAGCCACUAUAAGAGUUAAAAUGGUAUGUGAGAUGGAGUAUUGAACAUCUAGGACAGGGAGAUGGAAGAAAUACUACACAGAAUCUCACUUCUACUACAUCUAUUGUUUGUCUCCACGAUAGGUCUGAGUUAUCAAGAAAAUCAAACUCUUACAUGUUCCUCAUGCUACUCAUUCCUGGUGAAGAUGAAACGUUUGGUAUGGAAGACACCACUGACUUGUCCGGUCGUAUUACGGAGGUUGCAGAGAUGGUCCUCAGGUACCUCCACCGGUCAUGUAGUUCAGGAGGAGGUGUUGCAAGAUACGGGCACUGCCUCCAAACAGCCGCGCAUGAAUCCCCUUGGCAUCCAGAUGCUCUCCAAGGGUCUUCAUGAGCAGAUUUUCCGGGGUGCUCAGGUAGAGUAUUCAGAUGAAGACAUCAAGAAGAGCGUGGAACACUUGCAGAAGCAUGACUUGUGGGGCAAAGAGACAUCCACCAUUCCUGAUGUGGAGCUGGAGCUGCCCCAGAUGUAUGGGGCCAACAUAGAUGAACACUUCCGUAUCUUGGCACAGAAGCAGAGCUUCCCAUAUCUGGAGGCUGCUAAGGGACUUCUGCAGUGUGAAAUCCCACCAAUGCCCCCAGAGUGGGCUUGGGAAGCGGGAUGGACACAAUAUGGACCCAGCGGGGAGAAGAAAGCUGUGGAUUUCCCUGAUGAGCGAGCCUUGGUGUUUGACAUAGAAGUGUGCAUGGAAGAAGGGCAUUGCCCCACGCUUGCAGUGGCUGUAUCUCCAAGUGCCUGGUAUUCGUGGUGUAGCAAGAGGUUGUUAGAGGAACGGUACACAUGGUCCAGCCAGCUGACCCUGUCAGACCUCAUCCCCCUGGAAACGAGCAGAAGCCUCACCAAGCAGGAAUGGCGGGAGAAGCUGGUGGUGGGUCACAAUGUGUCCUUUGACCGUGCACACAUCAGAGAACAGUACUUGAUCCAGGGCUCCCAGAUGCGUUUUCUGGACACCAUGAGUAUGCACAUGGCAAUCUCGGGGCUGACGGGAUUCCAGCGCAGCCUUUGGAUGGCAGCAAAACACGGCAAGAGGAGAGGACAGCAGCAGGUCCAGGAGCAUAUCAAGAAAACACGCAGCAAAACUGACGGCCCUGCGAUUUCCUCCUGGGACUGGGUGAACAUCAGCAGCAUCAACAACCUAAUUGAUGUGCAUGCCCUAUAUGUUGGGGGUGAGCCAUUGGAGAAAGAAGCUCGGGAACUCUUUGUCAAGGGGAGCAUGCAUGACAUCAGGAAUAACUUCCAGGAAUUAAUGAGAUAUUGUGCUCGUGAUGUUCAAGCUACUCAUGAAGUAUUCCAGGAACAGCUUCCUCUCUUCUUGAAAAGAUGCCCCCAUCCUGUGACAUUUGCAGGGAUGCUGGAAAUGGGGGUCUCCUACCUGCCUGUCAAUCAGAACUGGGAGAGGUACCUGGAUGAAGCUCACGUCACUUAUGAGGAGCUGCAAAAGGAGAUGAAAAAAUCCUUGAUGAACCUAGCUGACAAUGCCUGCCAGCUGCUUCAUGAGGAGAGGUACAAAGAUGAUCCCUGGUUAUGGGACCUGGAGUGGGACCUCCAAGAAUUUAAGCAAAAGAAGGAGAAAACUGGGGGGAAGAAGAAUCAAGAAAAGAAGAAGAAUCAAGAUGCUAAUGGCGGAACUCCCAAUGUGGAAAAGGCCUCCAUGCUGGAGUGGCAGGAAGAUCCUGGUCCCCCAAGUGAAGAGGAAGAACAGAGCAUCCCCGAGAGCCAAAAGACGUUAGACCAUCUGAAGGCGACUGUGGCUUUGCAGCCAAAGAGAAUUCAGCAUCUGCCUGGCCAUCCAGGGUGGUACCGUAGGCUGUGCCAGAGGCUGGACGAUGCCAGCUGGGUGCCUGGGCCCAGCCUCAUCAGCCUUCAGAUGAGAGUGACCCCGAAGCUCAUGAGGCUCACCUGGGAUGGCUUUCCACUGCACUACUCUGAGAAAUAUGGAUGGGGCUACCUGGUGCCAGGAAGGAAGGACAACCUGCCAGAGGAUACUCCAGACAGUGGGUUGCCUACGUGCCCCUUCAGGAUUAUUGAGCAUCUGUACCGGGAACAUUGCAAGGAACAGGGCAAAGAACAGCCUAUCUCAUUAAAUGCCUCCCUGGAAGAAGAGCUCAUGUUGACAGAAAACAGUACUAUCUGGCAAAAGGUUGAGAAACUCAGCCAGCUGGAGAUCGAAAUGGAUGCGGAUAUUGUAACUAAGCAGUUGAAGCAGGAUGAGGUGGAAUCUGCAAAAAGCCAUCCUGAAUAUCAUCAUGGCAAUGGGCCUUACAAUGAGGUCAAUAUUCCUGGGUGUUGGUUUUUCAGGCUACCUCACAAGGAUGGAAAUGACAACAAUGUUGGAAGCCCAUUCGCCAAAGACUUUUUGCCCAAGAUGGAGGAUGGCACCCUGCAAGCUGGCAUAGGGGCCAGAGAUGGGACGCAAGCUCUUGAAAUCAACAAGAAGAUCUCCUUCUGGAGAAAUGCCCAUAAACGAAUCAGUUCUCAGAUAGUGGUGUGGCUGAAGAAAGGGGAGCUGCCUCGAUCUGUAACCAGGCACCCAGACUAUGAGGAGGAGAACAGCUAUGGAGCCAUCUUGCCGCAGGUGGUGACUGCUGGGACAAUAACUCGGCGCGCUGUGGAGCCCACCUGGCUAACAGCCAGCAAUGCUAGGGCUGACCGGGUGGGGAGUGAACUGAAAGCCAUGGUCCAGGCCCCCCCUGGCUACCAUCUGGUUGGAGCUGACGUGGAUUCCCAGGAGCUUUGGAUAGCAGCUGUCUUGGGAGAAGCUCAUUUUGCUGGCAUGCAUGGCUGCACAGCUUUUGGCUGGAUGACCCUUCAAGGGAAGAAGAGCAACGCUACAGACCUGCACAGCAAAACGGCCUCCACAGUGGGGAUCAGCCGAGAACAUGCCAAAGUUUUUAAUUACGGGCGCAUCUAUGGGGCAGGGCAGCCCUUUGCAGAGCGCCUGCUCAUGCAGUUCAACCAUCGCCUUACAGAGCAGCAGGCCAGUGAAAAGGCCCGCCAGAUGUAUGCCGUCACAAAAGGGAUCCGGCGUUGUUACCUGUCUGAGGAAGGAGAAUGGCUGGUGAAAGAGCUGGGCAUCCCUGUGGAAAGGGAAAAGGAUGGUUCUGUGUCCCUGCAAGACGUGCGGCGGAUACACAGAGAAGUAGCAAAAAGGUCUCGAAAGAGGAAGUGGGACGUGGUGCGCCAACGAGUGUGGUCCAACGGAACAGAGUCUGAAAUGUUCAACAAACUGGAAAGCAUUGCCAUGUCACAAUCGCCUUGCACCCCUGUGCUGGGCUGCCACAUCAGCAGAGCGUUGGAGCCGGCUGCUGUCAAGGGUGAGUUUGUAACCAGCAGAAUAAACUGGGUGGUUCAGAGCUCCGCCGUGGAUUACCUGCACCUAAUGCUAGUGUCAAUGAAGUGGCUUUUUGAGGAAUUCGGCAUCGAUGGACGCUUUUGCAUCAGCAUCCAUGAUGAAGUACGCUACCUGGUUCAGAGCGAGGACCGCUAUCGGGCAGCUCUGGCCAUGCAGAUCACCAACCUGCUGACACGGUGCAUGUUUGCCUACAAACUGGGUCUUCAAGAUCUGCCUCAGUCAGUAGCCUUUUUCAGUGCUGUGGACAUUGAUCGGUGCUUAAGGAAAGAGGUGACUAUGGAUUGUGUCACUCCAUCAAACCCAACAGGGAUGGAAAGAAGAUACAACAUCCCUCAAGGUGAUGCUCUGGAUAUAUAUCAACUUCUCAAAAUAACCAAAGGCUCAUUGGAGAAAGGAAAAUAGGACUCGAGACUGUAACAGGAAACUUAGCAGCUCAGGGAAUCAUCCUAGAAGCAGUCUCUUAAGCAAUGACCCCUACCUAUUCCCUCUACCUGACUUCUUCUUUCCAGUCUGACAGUGAGAAAAAUGCAUGGAAUCAACAGGGUACAGCGCUUUGCUAAGGCAAAAUCUCUGCCCAGAUUGGGCUGAAGCCAAAAGGAAUGGUUGCACUUCAGCUGUGCUCUGCAAGAAUGACAGGACAGUUCAGCAGGUAAUUGGUGGUACAACAAUUUAAAGAAUUAUGAAUGAUGUCAUUCAUAUGGCAAGCAGAUACAUUCGCUGUUGAUUAAAGCCUGUGUUAAAAGGAGACAGUCUUUGUCUAAUGCUAUGUCUUAGAAGCAUUACCAGGUCAAAACAGCCACUUGGGAAUAAAGAAGGCAGCUCUUAUUUUUUCCGUCUCUUCUUUUUGGGUUCCUGGCUGUUGUUGGAUUGUCCAGAUGCAAUGCUCUAAAAGAGAUGAAAACAAAGCCCAGUGAUAAAUGCACCGGAGGAUUUCCAAUGAACUACUGGAACAACGGACUGUUCAUAAUCUGUUUCUUGGACAAUGCAGUUCUCUGCUAUGACAGAUCUCCUGUGAACCCUUCUAGUUAUUGCAUCCGGCGGAAGGUUGGCAAGACAGAAGAAGAACCAAACCAUGAAGUGUUCCUCUCCUUGUAAACUGCUUGGGCAUUCAUAUCCCUUUUCCCCUGCCCCAUGCUGGUGAAUGUAAUGCAGGGGAGGAAUUGAUUACUUAGUGGGCCAUUCUUAAAACAAGUUGCCAGCGUACAUUAACGGGUGUUUCCUCUGCUUAAUGUAAGUUAGCACGCAUAUGAACUGCAGGGAAAUGAUAUUAGCAGCAGAAAAAGGCUCUCUCUACUUUGUGCUCUUAUUAAAAUGUAUAUUGACCUGG